UCUAAGAGGUUAAAGGACUUUGCCCCAGGUCACACGGCCAGGAAGCGGUGAGGCUGGGUCAGUUCCAGGAGUGUCCUGCUCUCUCUGUGCUUACUGCACUGAGGAGGAAGGCACGAGAGACGCAUCCCUUCAUCAGCAAGAGCGUGGGCGGUACCGGGACACGUCCAGCGCCGGGCUGGGCGCUAGGGACAGAGCGGUGACCACACAGCCGUGCCUCCCGCUGUCCCGGAGCUGAGCGCCCAGGGGUGGUGGCGAUGGCGGUCGUGGUGGUGGGAGACAGAGCACACAAGCCGGUGUGUGGCUACAUUGAGGAAGCAACCGGGGACAGCGACAGAGACCAGCGGGAGACACACAGGCAGGAACACAUUUGGGAGAGGCAGUUCUUGGAGGUUGGGUGAGGCCAGGCUGGCCUGGAGGGGUGAACUGAGGCUGCCCGGCGGAAGGUGUCCUGGGCUUUUUGGAUGCCACACGAGCGCCCUGCCUGCAGCGCCUCCUGAGAGAAACCGAGCUGCGCACAGGCCCCUGCCACCUGUGUCUUGCUCAUCUUGGCCUCAGCAUAUUGGCCCAGCGUCAGCACCCGGCCAAGAGUCAAACUUCUAGAAAGACGUGCUUAGCUCAGUCCCUCCUCCUCAUCCUGCUCCGUUCACUCGGCAGCCCGUCGGAUGUUUUAACUGGACAUCUAAGGCACUGUGUGUGUCAGGUGCUCUUCUAAGCACUUGCACGUAUUAACUUGUUUAAUCCUCACGACUACAACCGGAAGAGGCAGGAACGGUUACCAGCCAUUUUACAGAUCCGACCUGCCACGCAGCGAGCCGCGCACACAGAAAGCGCACCAUAAAUGUGAGCUGAGUGACUUUUUCAUGAUGCAGAGCUGUCUGGAACUGUAGGAGGGAAUGGAUUCCAGGUGGUGGCUUGGUUUAAGACCAGUCAAAGGGAGAAAUGUGAAAAUAUUAAAUAGAAACAGGGGAGCAGGCGUGGCCACGCUGGUGUGUGUCUGUGUCCGGCAUCUCUCACCUCCCCGUCAAGGGGCGGGGAACAGAGCAUGGACUUUGGAGUGUGGCAGACCUGGUUCAAAUCCUGGCUCCACUACUUGCUGCAGUGUGACCUUGAGAAAGUUCCAGAACUUGUUUGUUUCACAUUGAUCUAAGUUACCUGAAACAACUUGGCACGAUGCCAGUGGCUCAGGGCUCUGCUCCCGUGGCCACCUGUCCUGGUGCAAAGGCCUCUCCGCUCUGCACGUCUGUUCCCAUCUGCAAAAUGAAAGCCUCAGCCAGGGCAUUUCCAAGGACACCUGCUUUUUAAGCCACUUUAGCUCAAUGACAUUUCUCAGAUUUUAUGCUCUUGUUAGAUUAGGUUUGGCCUAAAGCUGCUUCCUUACACAUUUUUGGUUUGGCCUAAAGGUUUCUCUGUACACAGUGAACUCCACCCUAACUACAGUGUAAACAGACUGGAGUCUAUUCUUGCACCAAUUAGCCAAUCAAAGGUGGCUAACUGUUCAAACCUGUCCAAAUAAGGCAAAUGCCAGGUUGUGCCCAAUCUGGCUGUUUCUGUACCUCACUUACAUUCCCUGCACAUCACCUUCCUUUUUUCUGUCUAUAAGGCCUCUCUGACCACGGGACAGUGCUGGGGCCUCUUUGAACCUGUUCUGGUUUAGGGGGCUGUCCAAUUCAUGAAUCUUUCUUUGCUCAAUUACACUCUUUUAAAUUUAAUUUGUCUGAAGUUUUUCUUUUAACGCUCUGGAGCGUCUGGACACAGCAGGAAACAUCUCUGCGGGAGGAUGCAGAGGGCCACGCUGCACCUAGCGGUCCGCGCCUCAGGAAAGCAGGCCCUAGCAGCAGGGGAGCAGCCUGAGAAGCUGUUUGUGGAGAUGGAACAGCCCACCACGGAGUCUGCCACUGUUCCCCCAAAGCUGCUUAGGAACCAGACCGACUGUCACCUCCCAUUCGCAGGGAGGCAGGAAGAGCCUAGAAGACCUCACAGGUGUUUUCUGAGAAGGUCCUUUCUGCUUCGCAGCAUCCCUGGGGGCAGUGACCUUGACCAACCAUGAGCUGGACAGAGCUAGGGUUCUCCAGAGAAAGAGAACCAGUAGGAUGCGCGCGUGUGUGUGUGUGUGUGCGUAUAUACAUAUAUACAUAUGUAUGUGUAUGUACAGAGACUUAUCUCAAGGCCUGAGCGCAUGUGAUUAUGGAGUCUUGGUGAGUCCCAGAUCCACAGACUGGGCUUUCAGGCUGAGACCUGGGGCAGAGCCCCCACUGCAGCCUAUUGCAGAAUUCCUCUUGCUCUGGCGAGGUCAGUCUUUUGUUCUAUUCAGGCCUUCAGCUGAUUGGAUGAGACCCACUCAUAGUAUGGAAGCAAUCUCUUUAACUCAAAGUCCAUCAUUUGAAUGUUAAUCUUAUCCAAAGACACCCUCACAGAAACAUCCAGAACAAUGUUUGACCAAAUGUCUGGGCAACGGGGCUCAGCCAAGUUGACACGUAACAGCAACCAUCAUGUGGGCUUUCUGUUUAUUCCCUACCACAUAGGAGGUAGGUGCUGGGGUCCCCGUAUGUGAAGGGGAAACCGAGGCUCAGAGAAAGAAAGAGUUUAGCUCGAGGCCACAGGCUGCGGUGGCAUGCAGUCACAGGAGGAUGUGAGAGUGCUCUCUGGGUGUCACACUUGAAAACCAAUGCCUGGUGGCCAGAGCAGAGAUGGGUGAUGUCACCGACCAGAACCCGGUGGAAGGGGCGGCGCACUGCACACAGAAACGAGAGCGGUCGACAGCUGGGCCCGCCACCGCUCGAGAUCCAACCAGACUGGCUCGAAUCUCCAUGCCCCGAGUCCCCCUUCGUCGCAAGUGCAACGUCUUCCCCAGGGCGCUGGAGGUUGCCCGGUGCUGCCCGUGGCCAGCCUGGCCCUGCGAUCCCCCCUGCCCCGCAGCCAUCUCGCCAGCGCUGCCUUCGCCCUUCCUGUUUGUCAUCCAGCACCUUCUUCCUUUAUUCCAACAUCCACCUGCUCUUGCCCCACCCGAGGCAUCUGUGUUCGUGGUGGGCUUUGCUGACGCUCCGGCGAGAUGGGGGGAUUGACAAGGACACCUCCAAACUGGGCGUUGACAGCCGCUCUUACAAACAGACCUCUCGGCCACUCUGCAGCUCCGCUCCCUCCCAGUGCUCUGGUGUUCCACCCCUUCCUCCUUCUUCCUUUUCCUGCUCUCUCAGCAGAGAUGAAAGGCGUACUCCUCCCAUUCUCUUUUGCAGUGAAGUUCCACCGCCUUUCACCUGGGGUCUUCAUCUUGGCUGCAGGUCUCCCGGGAAUCCUGGAGUGGGUGGACGUUUCGUGAGAGUUCCUCCCACGCCUCCUCCUGCCCAGCCGGCCUUUCGAGGGUGGAGUCUGGUUCCUUCUCCCACAGAAGCAGGAAUGAGGCAGUGUCCGCCUGAGAUCGAUUCAGGCACUGCCCCUCCCAGCACCGGCCAGGGAGGGGCACCCCAGCUGGGGCUGGGAGGGUCUGGUCUGGAAGUUGCACCGGGCUUGGCUCAGGCUGAAAGAGGCGAGGAAGCUGCAGAAGCUGGCCGAGGCUGGUUCAUGAGGUUGAAGGAAGGAAGCCGUCUCCGUAACACAAAAGUGCAAGGUGAAGCCGCAAGUGCCGGUGGAGAAGCUGCAGCAGGUUAUCUGGGAAAUCUAGCCAAGAUCGGAAAUGAACUGAAAAUGGCAGAAUUUGUCUGAAGAUCCACAGUCUACAAAUGGAACUGGGGCUCUUUUGAGGGAUGCCAUCUCAGUGGUGCCACUGGAAAGCCCAGAUCACCCGACAUACUGCACCUGAACAAUGCUUGGUAAAGAGUGGGCCCUCAGUAACUAUUGAAUGAAUCAAUUAAUGGAGUAUUAAUCACUAUGAGCUAUUUAAUCUAAGCCAGAUAAAGAGGAAGUGACGUCGCGAGGAUGUGAGAGACAAGGAGAAAGUGCCUCAAGACACAGGCAUCGUGGGAGAAGACUAAGCCUUGAGUUGCUGCAGCCACUUUGUGACCAUGAAGGUGCAAACUCGAGGGCAAAAGCCAAUGUGCCGGGACAGUCAGCCAUGGAACUCCCUCCCUCUGAACUCCCUGUGUGUGGUUUAAGCUCCUCAUUGCUUAAAAACUUUUGACUUUGGGCUUGUGCUGCCGCUGCCGGAAGCCCAAAGAUCCCAGCUGAUCACGGCCACGUGCAGCCGCAGACGGCGCCGCGGGCCAUGGAAGGUCAGGGCCAGCUGCGGGUGCGUUGAGCCAGAAUCUGUUCCCUGGGAGUUCUGCCCACCAGUCCUCGUUCUGGCCUCGGGGAAAACACAGACCCUGGAGUACCCCCCACGCUUCAGAUAUUGGAGAACAAGGACUGCUGUGGUGUUGGAUUCUCCCUCUCCCAGGUUAGAAUGUUAGAAUCCCCUCGUCCUUCACUCUCCCCUUGGAUGACAAAGUCUUUAGGCACCCCCUCUAAGUCUCAGGAGCUGGUCUCCUUCCUUCCUGAGGGCUGGCCCGGGAGGGAGCGCCAUGGAUCCUGUCCAUCUGGAUGCCCAUAUGCCCACCUCUCUGUAUGCGGCCGGAGACACCAUCUCCUCACAGUUUGGGAUUCCAUUACAUUUGUGGUAAGCUAAAUUUUUUCUUUCUUUUUC